AUGGUCUACUUCUGCUCCUACUCCUUGUGGCCUGGUAUUGAUCAAUUUGGCCGGCUAUGGAAACGGGACAGGAAUCAUGUUGAUGUCUUUGAUUUGGCUAGACAACGUAUCCAGGCCUUGGUACACCGACCUUCAUCUAAAGAGAGAGAUUUUGUUAAUUUACAAAAUAUUAGAGAUUUCAAUGACCUGAAAUACAGAGAUUCAGCAACACGUGCUGAAAUAAGACAAGUGUACCCAGAUCCGCCAAAUGAUAGUAAUACGUUGGAGAUUCAACAGGAGGCAUUAUUAAGAGAACAGAAAAAAAAACUGGACACAAUGAAGAGGAAAGAAACAGUUGCUCGUAUGAAUCCACACGAUAUUGGACCGGAUUCACAUGAUGAUUUGAUGAAGAACUCAUUGCUUGAAUCCGAAAGUGCCUUUAUAGGAAGCCAUGGAGAAACUUUCCCUUUUCCAGUGGGUGUUGGGACAACAACAUCUGAACUACCUCCGCGAGAGAGACGUCGCCAAAAUAAUAGUAGACUAGACCUUGAUUCUGUCAUACAACCAGUACCACAACCAGACACCAUCUCUCUACGUUCUGCAUCCAGUUUUAACGUAGAUCAAGUAAGAGCCAGGAAUGAACAGCGUAUGAAACGUUUGGAUGAUAUUCAGCGUUCAGGUAUACUAUUUCCCUAUUUUAAAAAAAUGGAAUCAUACUUAACGUUUUCUCUCAAAAUUAAUUAAAAUCAGGAAUUAAAA